AUUUUUCCUCUACGCUACCAGUCUACCGCUAGCCUGCCUGCCCUCAGACUUCCUCUUUCUUCCCCUUCUCAGCCUUUCCCUCUCUUCUCUGCUCUUUGCAUCUCUCUCUUGUUCCUCCCUUCCUCUCUCUAAAAAAGGGUUCUGAUCCCUUUCUAGAAGCUCCUGGGUUUCUGUUGCCGACCCGAGCUCCCCAGGGGCGCUCAGGAGGCGCCGAGCCGGCGACCGCUCCGGCGGAUCUGAGGAGCCGCCGCGGUCGCUUUGCCUCCGUUGCGAUACUGCACAGGUUCCUUGUAAACUAUUGAUUGGGAAACACUCUGAAGAAGAGUUUGUUGGCUGCAUAACAUCUCCUGAAGCUGGUUUGAAGUUUGCUGAUAGGAAAGAUCAUGGGCGCUCUCUGUGAUUUCUGUGGGGAGCAUAGGUCUAUGGUUUACUGCCGAUCAGAUGCAGCAUCCUUGUGUUUAUCAUGUGACCGUAAUGUGCAUUCAGCUAAUGCUCUUUCUCGGCGUCAUACAAGGACACUUUUAUGUGACCGGUGUGCUUCACAGCCUGCUAUGGUCCGCUGUCUAGCAGAAAAUGCCUCGCUUUGCCAAAAUUGUGAUUGGAAUGGCCACAUUGCAGGAUCCUCAUCUGCCGGACACAAAAGGCAGACUAUAAAUUGCUAUUCAGGAUGUCCAUCGUCUGCAGAACUUUCUAGAAUAUGGUCCUUCGUUUCAGAUAUUCCUAAUGUAGCACCUGAGCCAAACUGUGAGCAAGGAAUAAGCAUGAUGAGCAUCAGCGACAGUGGUGUCAGUAAUCAAGAUAAUGCUGCAGGGGACAGUAUUUUGUUAGAUAUAGCUAGUGCAACACUUGUAAGUGAUAUUGGUACUUGUGACAAGCUUUUGGUAGGUUCCUCUUCAGGAGCUGGAGUGAACCUACUUCCACUGGCUACUGGUCAAACAGAAACAGCUGGAUCUGUGGAUUCCACACCAGAUAAGGAUUCCUGUAUGCAGGUUCCCUAUACGCCAGAUAAAGAUAUGUUCAGUAAGGACAGCAUAUAUGAAGAUUUUUGUGUGGAUGACGCUGACCUUGCUUUCGAAAAUUAUGAAGAACUCUUUGGUACCUCUCAUAUUCAAACAGAACAACUCUUUGAUGAUGCUGGAAUAGACAUUUACUUUGAAAUGAAGGAAGCACCUGCUGGGAAUUCCACUGAGCAGUCCAAGCUGAAGCAACCUGCAAAUAGCAAUGCGGUAUCUGCCGACUCUGGGAUGUCGAACCCUGGAGUGAAAGGUGAUUCCAGUGUUUGUACCCCUUUGAGGCAGGCUAGGUCUAGUCUGUCUCUUUCCUUUGCUGGUUUGACUGGUGAGAGUAGUGCGGGAGACCACCAAGAUUGUGUGGUAUCAUCAUUGCUUCUUAUGGGUGAGCCUCCUUGGCAGCCUCCUGGCCCCGAGGGCUCAAUUGCUGGAGGUAGUAGAGACAGUGCACUCACACGAUACAAGGAGAAGAAAAUGAGAAGAAAGUUCGACAAGAAAAUCAGGUACGCUUCUCGUAAGGCUAGAGCAGAUGUGCGAAAGAGGGUAAAGGGUCGGUUUGUUAAGGCUGGUGAAGCAUAUGACUAUGAUCCUCUCUGCCAAACGAGGAGUUACUGAAGCAUAUGAUCUUUAUCCAGUUUUAAAUUAGCAAACUGCAACCAAGGCUCGUUGCAGCUAGAACAAAAGCACUGGCAAUCCAAGCUAUUGGGCCAAACUGUGCCUUCGAAAAGAAAAAAAAAGGAGAAAGCUGUCGGCAUGAUAAAAUAUAGAGAAAUAUUUGGAUGUUGCAGAAGUUUUUGAGUGAGGAUCCUCCUUUUUCCUCCUGUACAGUGGUUGGAAGCGGUUUGAGUCUCUCCAUCUUUUGUGAAUUAGCCUGAAUCCAGCUAAACAGACUUGUUGCAUUUUGAUCUCCAUUCUGCAUUUCUGCUGACUGCCAUCAGUCUACGUACACGGGCUGGCGGCUGCGGUGUUUUUGGAGGUGUUCGUCCAGAUUAGACAAGAUGGCUAGAUGUGAUCUGUGAAAUAUCCUUCUAUUAUAAUAAUGUAAAAUUUGCUGGGACCUGGAUGUUUCUGCUAUUAUCAAUGUGCAAAUACCAGGUCGUAGCCAAACUGGUCGUCAGUUUGUUCUUUUUAAGUUGGUGAUGGAACCCAUCCAACUGGACAGUGGACACCAACUUUCUGUGCUCAUUCUGUCCAAACCAACCUCCAAACUGACUCGAUGUUAGUACUAUUUGUAUUAUGUGACUCCUGAGCAAGUGAGCUUGUGCUCAAACCUCAAAUACGUCCUCUUGUACCAAACCACGAUAUUGGAGGGUAAAUUUUUGACCUGUUCCUUUGUUGUUGAAACUUCUGGUUAUUUUGGAAAAAACAAAUGUGGAACACUGCUUUGUGGCUUUUC